AUGUUUGUUCUAUCUAUUUUAGCAUAUCUCAUAACCAGUGUAGCCUGCUCACAGAGUACUGCACCCAGCGAAACAGCUAUUAGCAGUCAGGAUUCUAGUAGUACAUAUACACACUCCACUGCUGGCAGCGCAGUGGCAAUUGGUGUGGCUAAAGAUGUACAUAAUAGCCCCAGUCUGUCUUCUUUCUAUGAUACCUUGUACAGCUCGGAUUUUGAAGCUAUUCUGAGCCGAAAACUCUGCAAUUACAUAAGUAGCAAUAUAGAUAAGGCACCAGGUGAUAGCUCAGGCAGUGCAGAUGAUGAGCUUAGUAGGGAAGAAAGGAGACAGGCGAAGGAAGAGAAUAAUAAAAGAAAAAUCCGCUCUUUAGGCGAAGAGAAUGCAGAAGACGUCUUAGUACCUCCAGAAAGUGCUAGCAAUGAAUACUAUAGCGAUACUCUUGUGUACGAGAGUCUAGUUGACUCUAUUAGAGUCAAAAGUGCCCCAGGCAAUAGAGAUCCAUACAGAGCAUACAAUGAGUUCACUGGAAAGGAUACUUCUCCCUUUGAAAAUGAAAAGGUCUAUAGCUUUGUAGCUUCUUCUUUCAUCCCAGAGGACCUGGUUGCUCUAAUUACGCAUAUCAUCCCUAAAGGCAACCGUGCAUGCAAUUACGAUAGUAAGCUUAAAGACGUUGUUAAUCUGAGCGAUAUUUCGAACAGGAUUCUUGGAGGGAUACAGAACAUGAACGCAUUUAAAGCCAAGCUUCAAGAGAUAGAGAUAAUCAUAGACACUAGGAUAAACGAUCUAAGUAUAGACAGUCUUCAGUUCAAUAGGCUGAAAGCUCUUACUGUGUCUAUGCAUGAAUACAGAGUCCAGGAGAUGCGGAAUAUCAGAGCACAGAUGGACGAUUGGGUUGGCGCACUGGACAUUUCAAACACAAUACAAAAGAAUGGUGUGCAUACAAUGCAAAACCUUUCAGAAGAAGAGUUUGACAAAUACUAUUCGAAUAUAGCCCCAUACCUACUGAACGAGAAAUGUGUUAUGGUGCAGAUCCUCAAUGCGUGCGACCAUCUGGACAGCCUGUCUACCCAUCUACACAAUCUCAUAAAAAUCAUAAACCCAAGUAAGAGUGCUCUCUAUGAGUUUGAGAGUAUUUUAUACGCGCUAAAAGAAAACAUUUUCAAUCCAGAUGCGUCUUUACAGCCUGACAGCAUGCAUAAGCACAGUGAAAAAAUCAGCUUGAAUUUACUGGAGGCCAUAGGGAGAUACAUAAGGUUAACAGAAAUGUACACCACAGAGUUUGACAACAGUCUGCAAAAAGCAGGACAAGUAUUGUAUAAUACAGUGAUACACUCUCCCUCAGGGAAAAACAGGCAAAUCCCCUUGUUUAACAGCUACAUCAAUGUGCAGAUCAGGAUACUUAAAAAGGAAAAGAUGUUUCUAGAUGCUGUGAUAGAUAGCUUGAAAAAAGCCAACAACUUAAUCAAUGCUAGCAUAGAGACACAGCCAGAUAAAUGCAAUCUGUUGAUUGAUGAUAAGCUGAAAUAUGCGAAAAACAUCAAAAGUCAGGCCAAUGCACAGCUAAAAACGCACUCCAGUGAUGGAAAGACAGCUCAUAAGAAUGUGUCUAAUCCUCCCAGACAAACAGGAGAAGUCCCCAACACAGCACAGAAGAGGUAUCCUGCUGCAGAAGUACCUUCCAGUCCAUCCCCACCACUAGAAGACAGGAGAGUCUCUCCUACAGCAGCUUCUACAAGAGACAAUACCACACCUCGAACACUGUCCUGGGAGGAACUGGAGCUGAGUAAGUUUGAUAACGGUGUAGUAAAAAGCCUGAUGAGCAUAUCAGAAAGCAAACCAGAGAUAUUCGACAAUAGCAUAAAAUACCUAGAAACAGGCCUAGAGCUGGCUAGACUCCAGCUCAGUGCAGAGUUUGAAAGUAGCUCAGACAGUGUGCUAAAUCCUGCAAACAAUUCUCUUCUAGACCCAAGAGCACAAAAGAAAAUUAUUGAGCACAUUAAUAAAAGCAUAAACCAAACAGGAGCAGAGGACGAAAACCAGCAGCUAAAGCUUAUCAGGGAUGCAACUCAAAAACAAAACGAAGAGUACAGCCUAGAGGAGACUGCCAUCCAAUCCAACAUCACAGAAACUGAAUCAGAAGAGAAAAAGUGCAGGGACAGUCUAAACAGCAUAAAGAAUAGCAUAAAAACACUGGACAAAGAAACAGAAAUAAAAGAGAAAAACAUUAAAUUCGACGAAGAUGCUAUCAAAAGGAAAAACAAAGAAGAGGAGGAUCUUGGCGCGCUUAUCAAUAAAAACAAGCUGGACUUGAAGAGAAAGAGCGAGGCUGUGGACGAGUACAAUAGCAAGAAAACUGAGAUGGAAAAGAAAGUAGACCAGAAAAUACAGAGUCUGGAGAAACAGAACAAAAUUAUAAGAAACAACACAGCUUCACUUGUCUACGAGAUAGAAGGAAAAAACAGCAUUUCUAUCAUGAUUGAAAAUCACCUAAAUGAGCAGAAAGAGCAGAUAAAAGAGCACAUUAAAGCAAUAAAAGACAGUAUGCUUUUGCUAGACGCGCUUAGGGUGCUAAAAGACUCGGAAAUACAGGUAACAAGCUCUGCUGCAGGCAAUGCAAGGAAAGAAAACUAUUUGAUCAGGAACGAAACUUCAAACAGCCUCUACAAAAAAACAGCCCAUGCUUUAUGCAAGCUGGCAGAAGAUGCAGCAGUAGAGUACAAAGGCCUUUUCUGCAAGAUAUUUGAAAGAGUAGACAGAAUAGCAGCCAUAGCGGCGGAGCAGCACAACAAGGCAGUUUUGGAUCUAUCAAACUGCAAAAAGAAUGCGUCUGUUAUUGAGAAUAUGAACAAAGACCUGAAGUACACUGAUGUGAUAGAGAAUUUUACAGAUGCAAUAGAAAGUGUUGAGAACAAUAUAGCCAUGUACACAAAAACAAUUGAGAAGCUAGAAAAAAGUAAAAAAGGACUGUGUACAGCCAUUGAAAACAUGCAGACAGAUUUCAAUGCGAAAAAUAGCGAAAUAAACACCUUUUUGAGAACCGCAACAGAAUACUUAGCUGAGAUAAAUGCAAUAGGCAAUGCUACCCAGACUCUUAGAGAAAAAGCGGAAGAAGAAAGAAAUAGCUCCCAAAUAGAUGGCCAGAUAGAGCUGGCAAGAGCAAAAUACAGUAUGUUUAUAGAUAAGAUAAAUAGUUAUAGUCAUCUUAUAGAAAAAUAUGUAAAUAUCCUGUACAACCCUGACAAUGAAACUGCAAUAGAAUUUCCUGUUUUUUCAAAGCCUCUGCCUACUGCCACACCUACUACUACAGAUGAACUCACUGCAGAAACCAUCCUUGAAGCUGCUAUAGAAGCCACAACUGAAAUCACUGCAGAAGCCACAACUAAAAUAACUAGUGAAAUAGUGCACGAAAUUGAAGAUGAAAAUGCUAUUAGUGCUACAGCUACUGACCAAGAAGUAUCUUCUACAGCACAGACCGUUAUAAAAACAGUGCCUAUUAACACAGAAGUUCUUUCCAAGAAAACAAACUCCUCCCUAGUAGUAGAGCAAAAACCUACUAACCUGCAGAACAAACCAGAAAGCACUGAUUAUACCCAUAUAAAAACAAGCAACACAUUAAAUCCAGAGAAGUACAGCCCAGAUAAUGGCGAUAGUGACAGCGAUGACUUCUUCUUUGACAAUAAAGAUGCCUCUGAUGAAAGCCAUGCCAAAAAGAAAAUAACAGUACUCGAUCCAAUUGCUCCUCCUACAUAG